AUGCGCGCCGCCGCUCGCGCGUGCGCCGUCGCCACGCUGACCCUGCUGGUGCUCCGGCACAGCCGGACGUUCGUGGCGCCCAGCACUGCGGGGCGCGGCAGGCCAUCGAAGACGGCAGCCAGGUACACCACGCAGACUAUUCUGCCCGCCCUCGCGUGGAUCAAGACCGGCUUCAGGGAGAUCCGAGAGAGCGACCUUGCCCCAACCGAGCUGCGGGCGGUCAAUCUGGGCGGCGUCGACGUGCUUGUAGGCAAGACGGAGGGCGGCAAGCUCUUCUGCGUGGGCAACCUGUGCCCGCACCUCGGCACUCCGAUGAGCGAGGGCGCCGACGUCAUCGGCGACACGAUCGUGUGCCCGCUGCACGGCUCGUCGUGGAAGGUCGGUGACGGUGAGCUCAUCGAUUGGUGCCCGAGCCCGCCUAUCAUCGGCCCCCUCACUGGCCUGGUCAUCGAGAAGAAGAAGCUCGCGAUCUUUGAGGCGCGCUCGGGCUUCUUCGGCGGCGACAUCGAGGUGCAGGUGGACACUAACGCGAAGAAGGCGUACGAGGCGGACUACUGGAAGGGAAUCCUCGAUGCCCAGGGCAAGAACGACGGCACGUACUAUUGA